ACAUGCAUUCAGACGAGAGGAACCAACCUUUCGUGCAUGGGAACUAUUCUUCCUUAUUCAGAAACUUCCUUUGAACUCAUCCCUGAAUAUUCUUCAAUCAAAAUGAUAAAGGAAAAACUGAUUGAACUACAAGGCCUGAGACACAUCCCAAAAUGUUGGGCGAAUGUUCAGUCACUCGUGUGUUCGCUUUUCAUGCCAAGUUGUUCCAACAAUGUGAUUAAUAUGCCAUCUCAAGAAACAUGUACACUAGCUAUGGCACCUUGUCGUGCCGCAUUGAAUCAUGCAAUUUGGCCGAGUUUCAUUAAAUGUGAAGAUACGCAGCGCUUUCCAUCAGGGUGCCGGCAUGACACGAGGGACAUCAAAUUUAACAAUUCCGGAAGAUGCCUUGCACCUCUCAUACAGACUGAUGAUCCUCUAGCAUUUUUCGAAGGUGUCGAUGGUUGUGGAUACCCGUGCAAUGAUCCUUUGUUCUCCAGUGAGGAACAUAGGCAAAUCCAUUCUUUUGUUGCUUGGGCGGCUGGAAUUUGCUUUCUUUUCAACUUGUUCACAGUGCUAACAUUUAUGGUAGACUGGAGAAGCUCGAAUAAGUACCCGGCAGUCGUAAUUUUUUACAUAAAUUGCUGUUUUAUGAUUUCCUGCAUUGGAUGGCUAAUACAAUUUACUCCUGGAAGUAGGGAGAUAAUAGUCUGUACAAAAGAUGGAACCUUAAGGAGAAGUGAACCCAGUGCUGGAAAUCUUUCAUGUGUAGUAGUAUUUGUGCUGGUGUAUUACUCUAUGGUAGCAGCUAUGGUAUGGUUCGUUAUUUUAACUUAUGCGUGGCAUAUGAAUUUCCAAGCGCUGCAUAAAAUCCAGGACAAAAUCGACAAAAAGGCGCCUUAUCUUCACCUCAUGGCUUGGUGCUUACCUCUAAUGUUGACUGUUACCAUCAUGGCUUUAGGCGAAAUCGACGGAAAUAGCGUAACAGGAAUUUGUUUUGUCGGUUACUUCAAUCACUCAGCGAGAGUUUGGUUUUUGCUGGUACCCUUGGGACUUGUCCUGCUGAUCGGGGGAUUCUUUUUAUUCCGAGCAUUGUUGACCCUGAUUCGAACUAAAAGGGGUAGUGAAGAUUAUAUAUCGGAACAUGCAAGUUCCAAAAUACGAGCAGCUAUUAUGAGAAUGGGCCUAUUUUCCGCAUUUAUGUUCAUUGCGGUCUUUGUUACAAUUUAUUGUCAUAUUUAUGAUUUUUAUCACUCGGAGGAAUGGAAUCAGAGCUUCAGGAAGUGCAUGAUGUGUUCAAUAACAACGAAAUACACAGAUUUAUCAGACUGCAAAAUGGAAUCUAAGCCAACUUUAGGAAAAUUGCAAGUUCACUUGUUAAGCCACUUCUUUGCUGGCAUCCUGAUGUCUUCUUGGGCCUGGACUAGAUCGGCUAUUGACAUCUGGGUCAGAUUUUUUCGAAGAAUUUGUAAUCGCGAGGUAGAGGAAGAAAAGAAGCGGAAAAAACACAAGGUGAUCGCACAAGCUUUCGCCAAGAGGAACACCUUCCAUAACGACGGGCGCUUAUCCAUCAAUUUAUGCAGCUCUCAUGAGGAUCCAGUUGGCUUGAAUUUCGACCUAAACUCUGUCGCAUCUCAAGCCCUCAGCUCGACCUGGGCAGCUGCUUUACCAAAAUUAGUAGCUCGAAGAGGCGCCAUCAUCGACAAACUUUAUUCCUCAGGUUCCAUUUCCAGCAACAGAAGAAACUCCUUUGAUUCCGAAAUUAGCAGCUUCCGUCGAGUUUCCGUAGAGUCUCGACGAAAUUCUCUCGACUCACAAAUCUCCUUAACAAUUGAAGAACUGAAAACGACGAGAAAGUUUGGCAGUUCACGCACUCGUCACGGCAAACGAAGAAAAGAAUUCGCGAAGAAGAAAUGGACUUUUUUCCGAAGAAGAAGCAGUACUUCUCAAGAAAGUCAACAAAGUACGCAGAUCAUGAACGCCUUGACAAAUGGCUACGUUUCUACUGUUUCUGGGAUUCAGCUGCCAAAUAUGAAUCGACGACCAGCACUUUCUAUCCACGAACUUCCUAAAAUGAAUGGUAAGAGUGUCGGAAAGCUAUUGCCGUUUUUACUACCGAGUCAAAGCGGAAGUCAGGACGAGAAAGUUAGGAACGAAAGUUCUAUCAUCACGAGUGAAGUGAAGAGUAUUGAUGUGGAGGCAGGAAAUCCGCAAAAUUAUUAUCAAGUUUUACGUGAUAAUGGUAGUCACGUUGGAGAAGAAACGAAAAUGUUGAAAUGGCCAGAGGAUCAGCAGGACAGGAUCAAAAGUAAGAGCAGUAAUCGUGAUAAUGAAAGACGUAGUAGGGAAAGUCGAAGGAGUAAAUAUAUACAGGAUAAGACUUUGAAGCAUCUGCUUCAAGAAAGUGAUAUUAAAUUAAAACCCGAGACUGAGGCUAAAUGUAAUUUGAUAAACGGGGGAAUUUGCGAUUUGGUAGAAAAUCUGCCUCUAUAUUGUCAGGAACGAAUCCAAACAAACGAAUCUACAAGUGUGAGAGAAAUUGCGACCCUAACUUCGGAUCCGGUGGAUGUUCUCGAAAUGGAGGAGUUGAAUCAUAUGAUCGAUGAGAUUAUUAGCAAUAGGAGGGAAACGUAAAUGUACAUUUUUAGAGAAUUAUUU